UCGUGAACGUGGAGUCCAGCAGAGCAAACCCUUCCUGCGCACUGAACAGGGCUUCCAUUCCCAAACGGUUCGUGCAGAAUCUUAAUAAUUUUUGUUUUUGUUAUUUUGCUGCUGUUUUUUUUUUCCCUGAACGAUCAACGAUGAGCUGGACGGUGAAGAACCUGGUGCUGCCCCUGGUGCUGCUGUGCUUGUGGCUGUUACAGGAAGGAGCACAAGCCUGCAGCUGUGGCGCGACGCAUCCGCAGCAGGGGUUUUGCCAAGCGGAUGUCGUUAUCAAGGCCAAGGUGGUUGGAGUGAAGGCUGACGAUGACUUUUUCAAACCCAUUAAGUACAGCAUCAAACAGACCAAGAUGUUCAAGGGCCCUGACAAGAAUUUUGAUGCCAUCUACACUGCGCCGACCUCUUCAUUGUGUGGAGUCACUCUGGCUAAAGGCGUCGAGUAUCUCAUCACAGGGAGAUUGAAGUCCAACGACUCGCUGCACAUCACCUUGUGCAACUUCCUCGAGCCGUGGGAGAAGUUGACCGCCAUACAAAGAAACAGCCUGGUGGAGCGUUAUGAAAUGGGCUGCGAUUGCAAGAUCACACCUUGCACCUCCAUCCCGUGUGCCAUCAGCAGCCCCGCCGAGUGCUUGUGGACUGACUAUCUGACGGAGAAGAUUACAAACGGCAAGCAGGCCCGACACUUUGCUUGCAUCAAGAGAAACGACAACUCUUGCGCCUGGUACAGGGGGGCUGAAUUGCCCAAGAAGAAAUUCAUGGAUAUUGAAGACCCUUAACUCAAAUUUCGAAUGAAAAAUCAUUGCAGUGUAUUUUUUUUCUUCCCCCCCCAUUGUGACGAUUCAGCACUUUUUGACACCAAAGCACUUCUGUAUAAACUACUGCUUCAGCAGAAAUAAGCGCAGUCCACAUAAGUCAGUAUUAAGCUUCACUGCGAUGUUAUUACUGUUUUCCACAUCUGACUAUUUUUUUUUUCUCCUCCUUGUAGCCCAAAUAUAUUUAAGUAAACAAUGACGGGGUAAGGGUGGAAAAAGGGUUGCUCACUCCUGUGUUUUAUAUGCUGAUGUUUUUAAGAUGUUAUAUUGAUCAUUUUUGUCAAGAGAACAAGAUCUGUUUUGCAUACAAGUUUGUGUGGUCAUGAUUCAUUUCAGAGCAGUGUUUUGAAAUUUGUAUCUUUUUGAAAGAAAUGUUGAUUAAAUAUGGUUACAGUACG